AUGGGAGAUGGUAUGCUCUUCCCCACAAAUGUGGAAUUUGUGAGACAAAGGCACUGGCCUUACAGGAAGCAUACAUUUUCUAAGGGAAAUCAGCAGAUCUCCUCAGGGAAAUUUGGUCUCCUGGUACUCAGGAAGCAGCAGCCAAGAAGAGGACUCACCAUGUCCUUGGGAGCAGUUAACACUGAUCUUCAGGAUGCCUCUUCUGAGACUUUCAUCUUGGUUCCCAUACAUACUGGUGUGUCUAUCCUCAACACCUCUGAAUUUGAAAUUUCUGCAUUCUGUUUAUUUGGGAUUCCAGGGAUGGAGUCUAUCAACAUUUGGAUCUCCAUUCCUGUAUGUCUCAUGUAUGUUGCUGCCAUCCUGGGGAACUGUACCAUUCUCUUUUUCAUAAAAACAGAGCCUACUUUGCAUGAACCCAUGUAUUAUUUCCUCUCCAUGUUGGCUUUCUCUGAUCUAGGACCAUCUCUCUCAUCUUUCCCCACCAUGCUUAAGAUUUUCUUAUUCAAUGCUCCAGAAAUUUCCCCUAAUGCAUGUUUUGCUCAAGAGUUUUUCACUCAUGAAUUCUCAGCUAUGGAGUCUUCCAUACUUAUUAUGUCCUUAGAUCGCUUUGCUGCCAUCUAUAACCCUCUGACAUAUACAUCCAUCCUUACUAGUGCCAGAGUCACUCAAAUAGGGCUUACUUUUUCUCUCAAAAAUAUUUUGUUGAUCCUGCCCUUCCCUUUAACUCCAAAACACCUAAGAUAUUGUAAGAAGAACUUCCUAUCCCAUUCCUACUGUCUCCAUCAGGAUGUCAUGAAGCUGGCCUGCUCUAUCAACAAGGUCAAUGUCACCUAUGUUUUAUUUGUGGCUCUCACAGGCAUCUUGGACAUAGCAUUUAUUUUCAUGUCUUACGUGCUGAUACUGAAAGCAGUGUUUAGCAUAGCCUCACAGAAGGAAAGGCUCAAGGUGCUCUAUACUUGUGCCUCCCACAUCUGUGUUGUACUCAUCUUCUAUGUUCCCGUUAUCUCCCUUGCUGUUAUCUACCGGUUUGCUGCACACAGUUCCCCAGUAAUGAAGAUUCUCGUGGCUGAUGUUUUCCUGAUGGUGCCUCUGUUGAUGAACCCCAUUGUAUACUGUGUGAAGAACAGAUAA